AUGGGUACGGUGGUUGAGAAGGUUCAGUCUGCAAAAAGCGGGCUGAACGAAGCUUUUACCAGCCUGCUCACAGGCUUUGAGGCUUCACUGCUAGCAGCUUCAGCCAAGGACGCAGAAGUUUCCGAACUCCAGCAGAAACUGAAGCUGGCUGAUGAUGAGAUUGACCGUAUUAACAAGCGGUUCGAUGAGGCCCAAGAUUUUAACUCAUGUGCUGCUAUGUGUAUGAUUGUAAGCACCGCAACCGAGGUCGAGACCCUCAAGAGUGCCCUUGCAGAGGCCCAGGAAGGGGUGAGGCGGAGCAAAGCGGCUGAGGAGAUAGAAGCCGAGCAGGUUACCCAUCGUAAGUGUGAGGUGUGGGUGACCGAAGUGGAUCAGGCGCUCCAAGAUGCCGCAAACAGGUGCGAGGCCCUAGAGGAGCAGAAUAAGGUCCAGGCGGCCGAACUCGCCAAGGCCCUCCAAGAGGCCAAGGAGGCACGAUAUGCUUUGCUAAAUCGACUAUGGAGUACUCCAGACGCCUUUGCGGAUCUCCCGAAGAGUGCUGCCGAUGCUGCCCAGUAUUUCUGGGCCCAAGAAGGGAACGCGACGGAGAAGCUCUUCUGGUCGCAGUACCUGGCACCAGAGCGGCCAGCACUGCUAAACAACCAGAUGAUGCAGCUAGCGGAGCUGCAUAGGAUGUCCGAUCCGGCCGGAAUUCUCGCCGGAGAUGGCAGGGACGAGGCGGUGGAGGCCGAAUCCGGCGGGGAGGAGGCCGGGGCGCGCGGCUCGGGGUCGCCGGAGGCGCUGGAGAUGGUCGGCGACUCGGGAACGCGAGCAGGGAGGCGCGGAGGCGGAGCGGCGGCGGGAGGCACGGCGCUCUGGCGCGGGCUCGCCGGCGGGAGGUUAGGCGCGGUCGGCGGCGAGGGUCAGACGGCGGCGGGCGAACCGGCGGCGGGGUAG